GGAGGUCCUGGAACCAGGGUCACAGCUCCAAAGGGGACAUCCUCAGAGAGGCAUCCAAGACCUGAGGAAGAUAGACAAGUAAAGAGUGGGGGAGACACCACCACCCAAGACAGACAGCCUGAAAGUCAGAACAAAACAAGGCACAAGAACCCAGCAAAGCCGGCUGAAGUCAGGCUUGGAAGAAGUUCAACUGCUAAACGUCCCCAUGGGCUUCCAGGGGCCUUGGUUGCAUACUUGUCUCUUUUGGGCCACAGUAGCCAGCCUGCUGUUCCCCCCAGUGGUGACCCAGGAGCUGAGAGGGGCUGGGCUGGGCCUUGGCAACUGGAACAACAAUGCCGGCAUCCCUGGGUCUUCAGAGGACAUGUCGGUUGAGUUUGGCCACCACAUCCACAGCCAUGGGGGCCAUCGGGGUGAGCAGGACAGAGACGACAGGGAAGAGGGUGAUGAUUUCUCCAGGGAAUACGGCCACCGGCUCCAAGACCACAGGUACCCCGGCCACGAGGCUGGGGAGGAUAAUGUCUCUGAAGAGGUCUUCAGAGGGCAUGUCAGACAGGCCCAUGGGCACAGAGGGCCCAGAGAUCAUGAAGACUUGGGGAACUCGGCAGAGCCUGAGGACCACUUCCCCAGCCAGAGGAGUCACAACCAUGAAGAUGAAGAUGAGGAUAGCAUUGUCUCCAGUGAGGAUCACCAUCUUGUCCCCAGGCAUGGUCACCAUGGCCACGGAGGGGAAGAUGAUGGGGAGGAAGUGGAGAACUCUGAUGGUAAGCACAAGGCCCAUAGUCACCAGAGCCACCAGAGCCACUCAGAGGACGGAGAUGAAGAGGGUUCAGAUGAACACCAUCAUGCCCACAGCCAUAGAGAUGAAGGCCACAAAGACGAAGAUUAUGAUGAUGAUGAAGAUGAUGAUUCCACUGAGUAUGGGUACCAGGCUCACAGACACCGAGGCCAUGAAGAUGAGGAGGAGGAGGAGGAUGGCUCCAUAGAGCAUGGGCACCAGGCCCAUAGACACCAAGGCCAUGAAGAUGACGAUGAUGAUGAUGAUGAUGAUGAUGAUGAUGAUGGCUCCCCUGAGCAUGGGCACCAGGCCCACAGACACCGAGGCCAUGAAGAUGACGGUGAUGAUGAUGAUGAUGAUGAUGAUGGCUCCCCUGAGCAUGGACACCAGGCCCACAGACACCGAGGCCAUGAAGAUGAAGAUGACGAUGAUGAUGAUGAUGAUGGUUCCCCUGAACAUGGGCACCAGGUCCACAGACACCAAGGCGAUGAGAAGGAAGGUGAUGAGGAUGACUCAGAUGAAGGCUACUAUCAUGUCCCCAGCCAUGGCCACCAAAGCCACCAAGAUGAGGAAGAGGAAGAUGAGGCUGUAUCCACUGAACACUGGCACCCAUCUCCUAGACAUACUCACCACAGUUUUGGAAGUGAGAAUCAAGAAGAGGAGGUAACAGUCAAGUUCAGCCACCAUAUUGCAAGCCACCAACCCCAAGGCCACAAGUCUGACAAGGAGGAGGACUUCCCAGAAGAGUAUAUGACAGAAGUUCCUGGCCAUCAUCACCACAGAGUCUCCAGGGAGGGAGAUGGGGACAUUUCUGCUGAGUUUGGCCACGAGGUCCCCAGUCACAGGCCACAAGAUCAAGAUGAACAGAUCAGCCAGGGUCACAGAGAGUUUGUCCAAGGUGACAUUGAUCAUCAGCCUCUGCAGCCCACAGGGGCUGGUUCCGAAGAAUCAAGGAAGGAAGAUGACCACAGCUCUCAAGAGGGAGACAAAGACUCAAAGCAGAGCAAAGGAUUCCACAGUGAAGAGGAGGAGGAGGGUCACGGCCUCCCCAAGAGCCAGGAAGAUGAGGAAAAGGAAGAAAUAGAUGAGGAAGAGAGCAGGGAAGACAGGACUGAGGUUAAGACUCCAGUGAGCCGAGACCAAAAGCAGGAGGAGGAGGAGGAGGAGGAGGAGGAGGAGAUUCUGGAAGAAAACCUGCUACCCUUCACCAUCAUCCCAAACCCCCUGGCUGGGAGGGAGGUGGACACAGAAGGUUCCAGCGAGGAGGAGAGCCGUGAGGUCACAGGUCAGCACGAUGCCCAAGAGUACGAGAACUACCAGCCAGGGUCCCUGUGUGGCUACUGUUCUUUCUGCAAUAGAUGUACUGAAUGUGAACGCUGUCACUGUGAUGAGGAGAACAUGGGGGAACACUGUGACCAGUGUCAGCACUGCCAGUUCUGCUACCUCUGCCCGCUGGUCUGUGAAACCCUCUGCACUCCAGGAAGCUACAUCGACUACUUCUCCUCCUCCCUGUAUCGAGCACUGGCUGACAUGCUGGAGACUCCAGAGCCCUGACCUGGCCACUGCUGCAGCAGAUGUACCUCCCCUGGCCGGCCCACCUGACAGGAGCUCUGAAUAAAUGUGCUCCUGGAAA